AUGCCGCCCCGAACAAGAGCGGGGGUUCAAAGCCAAAAACAGAAGGAGAAGCUUGCGAACUCCUACAAUGAACUACUCGAAGAGUUCUCCUCCAAGGAUCUUCGAAGUGUAGGGAAUUAUACAUUGGGGAGGCUUAUUGGCAAGGGAUCCUUCGGCAAGGUCUACCUCGCGUCGCACAAGCUCACCAAUGGCUCGAAGGUGGUGCUGAAAUCGUCAAGCAAAGAAGACAACAAUCUCGCACGUGAGAUACAUCACCAUCGCCAAUUCCUUCAUCCUCAUAUCGCACGACUAUACGAAGUGGUGGUAACAGAGAACCUGGUUUGGCUGGUGUUAGAGUAUUGUCCCGGCGACGAACUCUACAAUUACCUUCUCCGACAUGGCCCACUACCGGUGGAGAAAGUGAAGCGGAUAUUUACUCAAUUGGUGGGAGCAGUUGCUUACGUCCACAGUAAAUACUGUGUUCAUCGUGACUUGAAAUUGGAGAACAUCUUGCUCGACAAAAACGAGAACGUGAAAUUAUGUGAUUUUGGUUUCACGCGCGAAUAUGAGGGGAAGGCUAGCUACCUUCAGACAUUCUGUGGGACGAUAUGCUACAGUGCACCCGAGAUGCUCAAGGGGGAGAAAUACGCGGGCGAGAAGGUGGAUGUGUGGAGCUUGGGGAUCAUUCUCUACGCCCUUUUGGCAGGCGAACUGCCGUAUGACGAUGACGAUGACCAAGUCACCAAGAAACGAAUCUUGUCGGAGGAGCCGAUUUACAACGAGAAGUUCACAGAUGAUGCCAAGGCUCUGAUCAACCUACUGUUGUCCAAACGGCCAUUGAUUCGGCCCAGUCUGGACGAGAUCCUGGCUCACCCUUUCCUUGCGGAGCAUGCUCCAGAACAGCUUGCAAUCUUGAAAAUCCCCAGACCGUCGCCAUUCACGACCCCAUUGGAGAAGACUACCCUGCAGCGGAUGAAAAGUGCUGGUGUCAAUAUCGACGAGGUGAUUGAAAAUGUUUUGGCUCAGCGAUGCGAUCCACUAGCUGGCUGGUGGGCUCUGUUGAUUGAAAAGGAGCAACGGAAGGAAGCAAAGAGAGAGCGCAAGCGUCGUGAGCGCGACGCCGAGGCAAAGAAUCUUCGUCGUCUGAGCGCUGCAAGCAGUCGUCUAGAGAAGCGAUCGUCCGCGUUAAUGGAGGUUGCAGAAGAAGGACAAUCGAGCCCUGGUCUGCAGGAUCGUGGGAGACGCGACAGACGGAGCUUGCCCUCUCAACUAGCAGUGCCAGAACUUCCUGCGCUCCCGGAACCGCUUCCUGUGUUCCCAGUUGAUCGUACGACACCACCACUGCCGCUGGAUAAGGAUUCUAUUCGGUCUCACAAUUCAACACGACGCCGCCCAAUUCCCCCACCAAAAGACAGGCGUAGAUCACGACCCAGUAUGCUGCAUGUCAGCGCAUCACAACCGGAGCUGACGCAGCAUCAUGGUCUCUUCCGCCGUCGCACUACUCGUCGCCAUCAUUAUCCGAUACUCAGCCAACUAGCAUCUCUCAAACACUGGUUCGUAGAGUCUGCGAAGAGAGCUCGCUCUCCCCACGCCAAAUCAACAAGCUCGCGCAAGUACCUCUCUGAAAAGUUGAGCCCAGCGAAGAGUCAGGAUACUGGGAAGAAACCCGCACCCUUGUCAUCUCCCGUUAGUGAGACUGCCGGUGAAGAUGUCGCGACACCGACUCAGGUCAAACGAAUCUCUAAUGCUAGCAGCCUUGCUCCUAGCAGUGCCUCAUACCCCCAAAAUCGGCACUCCUACCCUCGCCAGCCGCGGGCACUAAACACGAGUCACACUAGUCACCGGAACUCACUUUCGCCAUCACCAAUUACACCGCGCGGAUCCUAUCGACGGUCAUCAGUCGGGCUCCGAGGACGCAAAUCAACAUCCUCCUCGGUGUCCUCAAUCCGUAGCAUUCACCACACUCGCGCUCACUCCAAGGCCUCUUCGGUAUCGUCCAACAGUGUAGAUACUAUCUCGACACCUACUGGCAGGGCCUCCAAGUCGCCCAAUUCAUCUAUCAAAGUCCUGCCUACCACGCCAGGCGCUUCUUCCCGCUUCCCGAGCAAUAUCCGGCUGGUAAGAGGGCCAGGUGGAGCACCUCAAGACACCGGCCACCAAGCUGGUCAGAUGUCCUCGUCUUUCAAUGAAGCGGCGCCUGCACCUUUGCUCUAUUCGCCCUCUUCAAGUCUGGUGUUCGCCAGGCGCAAGAGAUCUCUAUUCAAAGGCCCUAUGAUCCAUACCUCCAACUUGAUGGUUUCCGGCGGGGCCGUCAAUUCCCCUUUGCCCAAUCAGCCAAAUGCCGGCGUUUCGGAUAUCGGGACGGGACGACCUGCUGCACGGAAGAGCCAAAUCAUCGAAGAAGAGGAAGAUGAUGCGGGCAUCGAAGAAGAAAUCGAAGAAGUCGACGAGUUCGACGACCUUGUCACUCCAGGUGAAGUCAUUCCUGACGACCAGCCUAAAGGCGAGACUCCCAGAGCUUCAGUCGAGUCAGAGACAGGUCGUCCCUCGGACAAGACACCCUUUUCUCCUACUCCAAACAUUGAAAGCAGUCCUCUUCGUCCUCCGCGCUCAUCUUCUUUGCGCUCACCGACUGAUACCACCCACAACAUCGGCAUGGCUGAAUGA